AUGUCUCAAUCGACAUGGGAAAAGACCAAGCGCGUCUCCAAGCAGGGGUUUGAUAAAGCUUGGAAGACCGUCGACAAACUCGGCGCCCCCGUCAAUCGCCUAUCCAACAAAUUGGGCGCGGAGGCGUUCUGGCCCAUGGCCAUCGAUAAAGAAAGCGACAAGGCCGCCCGCAUUCUGCGGAGCUUCUGCAAAGACGGCUUUUAUGCCCCCGAAUCCGAAGUAUAUACCGAUGAGAAUGGCAAGAUCAACCGGCCCAAGGGCAAGCAGCGAGUCAUCAAGAAGAUCCCCGCACAAGUGAUCAAGAACGCCAAGGGCAUUGCCAUCUUCACGACCAUGCGUACCGGGCUCUGGAUUAGUGGCUCUGGGGGCAGUGGCGUGCUCAUGGCGCGCGUCCCCGAGACCGGGGAAUGGAGUCCGCCCUCGGGCAUCAUGCUACACACCGCGGGCGUGGGCUUCCUCGCUGGCGUGGAUAUCUAUGAUUGCGUCGUGAUCAUCAACACCAUCGAAGCGCUGGAAGCCUUCAAGAAAGUGCGCUGCACCUUAGGUGGCGAGGUCAGUGUUGCCGCCGGGCCCGUGGGAAUGGGUGGCGUGCUGGACUCCGAGGUCCACAAGCGCCAGGCUCCGAUCUGGACCUACAUGAAGAGCAAAGGGCUGUACGCCGGCGUGGCCGUCGACGGCACGAUCAUCAUUGAGCGCACCGACGAGAACGAGCGCUUCUACGGGGAGCGGAUCUCCGUCCACGAGAUCCUGGCCGGCAAGGCCCGCCAUCCACCUGCCUCCAUCAACACACUUCUCCAAACCCUCAAAGCCGCCCAGGGCGACUCGGACGUGGAUGAAACCCAGAUCCCACCCCCGGGCGAGACCCCCGGCGACCUCGAGCUGAACGAGGAUCAGACGGGCUUUGGUGUGCCAGCCUCGGACGACCCGGAUCCUUAUGGUGUGAAGGCGUUGGAGGCGGAGGGCCUGUUCAUCCGGGAGGCCGGCACUAAGGUGAGGCCAAGUCCUGAUGUCUUUGAAUUCCGCCCCAAUCCUAGCAGCCCUGUGUACGCGACGUUCGCGCGACGUAGCCUCGACAGCUCGCCGCGAAAUAGUUGGCGAGCCAGUGUGCAGAGCUACAUGAGCGUGGAUCGUGGGACUCAAACGGAUGAUGCCCCGCUAACUGCGACCACUUCAGUAAGCCGAGCUUCCUCGCGGAGCGCUAAGGGAUCGACGGAUGUGCCGGCCCCGAACCCGUGGGAGGAAGAUGGGUCUCGCUGGGACAUAGUUCCGAUUCAUGGUGGCGAAGAGCGCGAGAAGCAAGAGGAGGAGCACGAAAAGCACGGGGUUAGUGAGGAGAAGAGUUUGAAGCAAGCGGAUGGACACGCCGAUGUUGAAGAGCACGAAGCGGUCGAAUCUGACGACGAUUUUGAGGUUCACGAAGUCACCAAUGCGACCAUGACAAAACAGGAGAACGCGGCACAGGAACACACAGAUGCAAGCGAGUCCCGCCGGAUGUCGCCCACAUUCACACGGGCGAAGCUGGUCACGAUCAACAAGCGUCCAACUCCGCCAGCGCUGCCUCCUCGUCAUCCUCGUCACACUUGGGGCUCUGGGUCCAGCCGCGACUCGACGUCUCCAACUGCCCUUUCUCAAUCAAGCCACAGCACGCAGCCGACAGAAGCGACUCAGGAGCCCGUGGAGUCGUUCGAGACUUUCAAUGAUGCUACUGUUCACCCCUCAAAUGUGAAGACCCUUCAGACCAGUGCCGUUCUUCCUGAAGUUGUCGAUGAGGAUGACCUCGCCGAGUCUGAUACCGAAAUAACUGCCGACAAGGAUGAAUUCCUUUCGGCUAAUGGCGACCAGGAAGAGGAAUCGACCCAAGAUGAUGAAUUGGUGAACGAAGUGGCCACUUUGCAAGCCAUCGACGCAGACACAGAUUCGAAGCAGUCUCUGCUGAUCGUCACCGACCCGACAAAGGAGACUGACGUCAAGGAUGAGAAAGAGCAGCUGCUAGUCGAUCAGAACAAGGACGAGUCCAAGGCUGACCAAGCCGAGGAGGCACCCGACAGCCCUGAAGAAGCAUUGCAAGAGCUCAAAGAAAAGCUGCAUGAACCUAAUCUCGACACGCCGCAGAUCGACAAAUCGCAGUCGACAAAUGCCCGCGAUGACGAAAUCAGCCCCAAGACGCUCUCCUCCUAG